AUGGUCAACGCUGAGUACAUUGUCAAUGAGGCGCAGGUACUUAUAUCAAUUCUUGUUACACUGUCCAUGGUUAAAGUUCCGUUGUUAGACGGAGCCUACGCAGUGGACUAAAUAGCUUUCGGGGGUUACCGAGCUGGGAGAAUAUCUUGGCUCCAACCCCCCGUACAUCUGUACCGUCCCUACUGAGACCAUUCACAGUGCUUAGUGUGUUCUUUUCACAGGUAGAAGCAGCGGCUGUGCAAGCACUUGCGAAUAGGGCCUCACGAAAACCUCAGGGGAAGACUUCCUUCUCUUCUGAGUUUCUGGCCUGUUUACAUCCUCGCCACUCCAUAAACGAGGCUGUUACCGUUUUUGGUGUUAACCAGGAAACCAAGCAUGUUUUAUUCGUCGUUAUUUCUAUGGUAGGGGAGGAAAUUGUGAGGCUGGACGAUAUCUGUCAGUCGUUGUCAGCCGAACCGGAAGAAAUUACUUGCUUGUCCACUAUCGCGAAUAG